GAUGCCUUCAAUGCCAUGAGUCCAGGUCUCCAAACACUACUGGCCAAGCAGAAGAUCAAGUUCCAGUACAACCCCCCUAACGCACCACAUUUCGGAGGUAUGUGGGAGCGUGAGAUUCGCUCUGUCAAGGCCGCUCUCCACACCAUAGUAGGAGCUCAGACGCUGACUGAAGAAGUCCUCAGGACGCUCCUGACCGAAGUUGAGGCCAUCCUGAACGCAAAGCCCCUCGGAUACGUCUCCUCCGAUGUAGCUGAUCCUGACCCUGUGACCCCUAACUACUUGCUGAUGGGGCGGCCUGAUGCUUCUCUGCCACAGGUUGUUUUCCCAGAGUCAGAGCUACUAAGCCGACGGAGAUGGCGUCACACUCAGGUACUGGCAGAUCAAUUCUGGAGCUACUUCAUUAAGAAUUACUUACCCUCUCUACAGCGACGACAGAAAUGGACCAAUGACACUGAUGACCUCACUCCUGGGACCGUCGUGAUGAUCAUGGACCACCAGCUCCCUAGAGCACUCUGGCCUGUUGGGCGGGUGGAGACCACCUUUCCUGGAGCAGAUGGCCAUGUUCGUUCAGUGGACAUUCAGGUCAAAGGCAAACGCUACCACCGCCCCGUAGCUCGGCUCAUCAAGCUCCCUGCCAUCCCUGACGAUGACAACCAACGGGCACCUCCUACCCAGAUCACACCAUCUACAGGAAGUACAUUCACACAGUGAAUGUAGGGGCGGCUGUAAAGGAGGGCGGCCCCUUUAACUGAGGGCGGCCCUUCCCUGUCCAUGCAAAGCCAUACGGACGAUCAGCCAAUCGGAGCACAGCAAGACGAAAGGGGAGAAAACAAGUUAGAGCAGGACACCAAAUGGCGAUCGUGAGAAGCCAUUAAGUUACCUUUGCGUAGUUAGUAAAGUGUUACACCUUUUCCUGUGUGCGUUCAUGACUUUAAAACCACACACACAUACCCUCAAAUACCUCCAAACCUGCAAAGUGAUCAAGACUAUGCCAAUACCCAUUAAACGAGUUUAAAGGAUCAGAUGUGCCCUGUUUCCCUGUGUUCUGACCGACACUCCGUGGCGACGGCCAACCCCCACCCUUGAACCAGUACACACCC